CGCGGCCGUUGCCGGAAACAUCCAGAACAGCAAUGGCCGCCCUCUCGCAAUUGCAGCGCUUGGUUGUGCCUCAGACCGGGAGACACACGGCGUCCAUCAUCUUCCUCCACGGCUCAGGUCAAGGUUUCGCGGCUGGUCACGAGCACAAAGAAGCGGGUGAUACUGGUCAAGGCAUAAGAGCUUGGGUCAAAGAUGUUCUGAGCAAAGAUUUGAUCUUUCCUCACAUACGUGUAAUUUAUCCAACUGCACCUCUAAGACCGUAUACUCCUAUGAAUGGAGCACUUUCAACUGUGUGGUUUGACAGGACCAAAAUUGUCAACAACUGCCCAGAACAUCUAACAUCAAUAGAUUUAAUGUGCCAACUAUUGGAUGGUCUCGUAGGAGAAGAAGUCAAAGCAGGAAUUCCAAAGGAGAGAAUAAUUAUAGGGGGAUUUUCAAUGGGAGGAUGUAUGGCCAUGCACUUGGCAUAUAGGUUCCAUCAGCAAGUUGCAGGAGUUUUUGCGUUGUCUAGUUUCUUGAACAACAAUUCUGUUGUCUACCAGGCUGUCCAGAAUGCUAAAACCUCAAUGCCUGAAUUGUUCCAGUGUCAUGGGAAAACUGACCCACUAGUGUUGUAUGAGUGGGGUACAGAGACUUGUUCAAAUUUACAGUCACUGGGAGUGAAAACCACAUUUAAUAGUUUCCCUAAUCUGUAUCAUGAACUCUGCAAACCAGAGUUGGAACAGCUGAAGUCAUGGAUUUUACAGAAAUUACCUAAUGAUAAACAAUAAUACCAUUCAAUCUGAACAAAAAUAGUUCUGGUGGACCUUGUAUGUAUGCAUUUAAUUAUGUUUGUAAUCCAUUCAUUAGCUCAUGUUUCAAGGAUCAACAUUUAUAACGGAUGAAUGGAGACAUGGCUAUAUAGAUGAUAGCCGAAAUGUUUUUUUUAAACAAAAGAUUCAAAUGUAAUGAAACAUUUUAGUAAAACACUUCAUUAUAUGUUUAUGUUGUACUUUUCUUGAAAUGUAUCAUUUUCUCCUUUUCUCCCUACAAUUAUAUAUUAUUAAGUAUUCCACCUUAAUAAACGUGCUCUUAAAAUAACCUUCAUAUCAAGUGAACUUUGGGGACAUAAAGUGGAUUGAUCACUUGGAGGGUCUCUUCCAAGACAAACAUUGCUAUCCAAAACAAACUGUUUGAUCAAUUAUGCUUACGUUCAUGAAAACCUUUACACAUUACUGCAAUGCCUGCUUGAAUAGAUUUCUUACAACGAGCUCUGUUGCUACAUAGAAUGAAGUGAUGGGUGGAAUUGGCUCUUAUCAAGUCUAAAAUACUAAAGUUACUGUUCAUUUUUUCUCAGUCAUCUUUCAAAAUACACAUAACUUAUUUACUAUCCUUCCAAUUAUCUUUGCAUAUCCUCGAAACACUGUUAGUUCUGAUUAUGAUUUAAUAAUUUUGCCAAAUUCUCAGUUUCUUACUGAACUUAGUAGGUGAUGGUGAUUUUUUGGAGUUGUGAUAUGGCAAGAGUUCAAAAGUAAAUUUAGACUUUUACCUUUCAUGAGGUUGGGAGGGGGAGAGAAUGAACAUUAUUUUAAUAGAUUAUAAAUUGCAUUAGUUUAUACUGUUAAUACCUUUCUAAAUACUUUGUAAUGUUUAAUACGCCUCACUGCCAUCUUGAAAUUUUAAGAUUGCCGUGCACUAUAUUUGUUGUGUAAUUUAUUUUUACUGAUAAUAGUUAAGAGGCAAAGACAUCUGCCUCAAAUGCUGCUUGAAUAACAAAAUGAGCUGAAUUGCCUUUUCUCGUGAUUAAAUUCUUGUGUGCCUUUCUGUCAUGGUUCUUUUUCAUAAGAUAUUAAACAUUUUUUUACAAUGGAAA